UUACUCAACAAUUGAUCACCCAUAAGUGACAAAGUUCUUGUAGGCAAACUGUAGUAGUCGUUACUGAUGAUGCUUCUCAGGAUGUGGUCUCAACUACUUGUUCUUUCUCUCCUCCUUGGAGCCUCCCCACCGGUGCGAGGGGACUUGACGGACGACUUUUUAGCAGCCACCCCAAUCCAUCCCACCUUCAAGGUUCCUGAGGUCUUUGGACAGGAAAGCGAACAAUUGAAGUUUGAAGCUUAUACAAAUUUUACUGGAACAUUUACACCUUUCGCCGAUUGCAGUGAAAACAAGACUGAUUUACAACUGGGUGAUUAUGGAGUUAUAAAGACGCCAAACUACCCUAGAAAUUAUCCAGGACGCUCAUCAUGUCAGUGGUAUUUGGAGAGUCCUCCAAACACGAAAAUUGAAGCAACCAUAUUCGACCUGUACACACAGCCCUGGUUCUUUACGUACUUUGACUACGUAAUGAUUACCAGGGAUGGCAAUUUUUCAAAAGUGGAUAGAAUGGCAGGCGAUAUGAAUACCAAAACUCCAUUGACAAUUUCUUCGGAAUUGAACAAGUUGGGGAUCAGGUUCCGGUCGUCCACGCUUUUCAACUUUAGAGGAAUGAAAAUUCACUAUUUGGUGAAGUCAAUGGAUGGGAAUGUUGAAAAACUUGCUCCGUCCCCUUAUGACAAUGUAUGCGGACAGUCUACAAUUCUUGGGUCACAAAGUCCAGUGGUGGUAAUUCCGCCACUCCCAGCGUUGCCUGGAGUGGUCACAACCACCACGGAGGCCACAGUCGAAACCACAACGAUACCACAAACGGAUGAUCAUAUCAUUGGUCCUGAUUUCGCUUCUAGAGGAAGUUUUCCAUGGAUGGCAGCCAUGCUAAUUGAUGGCCGAAGUUUUUGUGGAGGAAGUUUAAUUGACAAUCAGCACGUAUUAACAGCGGCUCAUUGCACGGACGGAGCGAAACGAAUCACUGUGCUGUUGGGGGCUUUGGACAUCAAGAGCAAAACAGAGAAGCGAUUGACAUUCAAUAUUACGCGAGAAAAUAUUUUUCAACAUCCGGAUUAUAACCCAAACACAAUAACGCACGACAUUACCGUAAUUAAACUUCCAGAGAAAGUUAACUAUACUGAUAACAUCCGACCAAUUUGUCUGCCGAACAGAUACUACGUAGAAAAUACCUUUGUCGGAGAGGAAGUCCGCGUGUCUGGCUGGGGCAAACCCUUUGAUUCUGCACCCGGAAUCAGUCCAAUAUUAAAAAACACGACGGCCAAUGUGAUCGCCAAUGGACAAUGCAGACGCUUUUUCAGAAGCAUUGUGACAGGAAAUUUGAUUUGCAUCGGGACGACAUUCGACGCGUCACCAUGUCGUGGGGACAGUGGUGGUCCUUUGGUAGUGAAACAAACGACGGAAUCUGGACAACCCUUUUUUAUGCAACUAGGAAUUGUAUCAUUUGGUGGAAAUUCUUGUCAGAAAGCGUAUCCAGUUGGAUUUACGCGUGUGAGUGCAUUUCUAGAUUAUAUAUCAUCAGUCACUACAAAAACAUUGUAGUAACUUAUUCCUGAGCAUAUAAAAAAUUACAAUAAACUAUACAAAUAAGAUAUAAA